CCUGGAGGGAGCCAGUUUGGCCUUCCCUCCCUCGACGCUGCAGAGUCCUUCUUGGGGCGCGCAGGACUAGCAGUGGUCAGCGCGGGGCUGGAGGAGAACGGAGCAGUGUUUUUGCCGUCCUCAGUCAGCAAGAUGGUGUUGCUACAGAGCUACUGCGAGGCGAAUGAGUCCCUGGCACAAGCAUGGGCGCAGCAGGGCCUGGACCCUUGUUUCUACUUCACGUUGGUGCCUACCAUGCUGCUCAGCGUCUGCCUCCUUUUGGGCGCCCUGCAGUAUGCCUGCUAUGCCCGCUUCAGCCGCACCAUGGAACCAAAGUACAUCCCACGCUCCCGCCUAUACCAUAUCCAGGUCCUCCUGUCUCUGUUCCUGGCACUGCUCUGCUUUGUCACCUUUCUGUGGCAAGUGCUGGGCAUGCAUAAACUUUAUGGGUACAUGGUGCUGUACGCCUGCCUCUCUGCCCUGAGCUGGGUUGGCUCUCUUGGGUUGCUGCGCUUGGAACGGACCCGAGUGAUGGUGCAGGAUCGGACCAGAGGCCAUGGGGUUAUUCUGCUCCUCUACUGGGCCCUGGCCUUUGCUGCAGAGAACCUGGCCUUUGUCUCUUGGAACAGCCCUCUCUGGUGGUGGGGCUUAGAAGACACCAAUCAAAAGGUCCAAUUCAGUUUGUGGUUCCUUCGAUACUUCAGCACCUUUGCCCUCUUUGCUUUGGGAAUAAAGGCCCCUGGGUUGCCCCGGAAACCUUACAUGCUGCUGAUCAAUGAGGAUGAGCGUGAUGUGGAAAACACUCAGCCCCUUCUUCCAGAUGCCAGGCAGCGUGGCUCCACUUGGAAGAAUCUGGGCCGGAAGAUCCGUUUCCUUCUGCGUUAUAUGUGGCCACGAGGGAACCUCCCGCUACAGGGGCUGGUGUUUGUCUGCCUGCUGCUGAUGGGGCUGGAGCGAGCCAUCAACGUCUUUGUGCCAAUCUACUACAAGAACAUUGUGAAUGAGCUCACCCAAGACUCUGGCUGGCAUAUCCUGCUUCAAACGAUCUGCAUCUAUACAGCCCUCAAGUUUCUCCAGGGAGGAGGCGCUGGUGCCACUGGUUUCAUCAGCAACACACGCACUUUCCUCUGGAUCCGUGUGCAACAGUUCACAAGUCGUGAAGUCCAGGUGCAUCUACUUAGGCAUCUCCAUUGCCUUUCCCUUCGAUGGCAUUUGCAACGCAAGACAGGCGAGGUGUUGCGCAGUGUGGACAGAGGCACCAGCAGCAUUAAUAAUCUGCUCAGCUACAUCGUCUUCAGCAUCUUCCCCACAGUGGCUGAUAUCAUCAUUGCUAUUGUGUAUUUCACUACCACCUUCAGUGCCUGGUUUGGCCUCAUCAUCUUCAUCUGCAUGGCUCUAUACCUUGCUUUGACCAUUAUAAUGACCGAGUGGCGUACGAAGUACCGUCGUGACAUGAAUAUUCGUGACAAUGAGGCCAAGUCUCGUGCUGUUGACUCACUUCUCAACUUUGAGACGGUGAAAUAUUACAAUGCUGAGAACUACGAGGCUUCCCGCUUCAAUGAUGCCAUUUUGAAGUAUCAGAGCUCAGAAUGGAAAGUCAACGCAUCACUGGCACUAUUGAACCAGACACAGAAUGUGGUGAUCGGUUUAGGUCUGCUAGCGGGAUCCCUACUGUGCGCUUACUAUGUGACCAAGAGGAGACUCCAUGUGGGUGAUUAUGUUCUCUUUGGCACAUACAUCAUCCAGCUAUAUGUGCCUCUGAACUGGUUUGGUACCUAUUACAGAAUGAUCCAGUCCUCAUUUGUUGACAUGGAGAACAUGUUUGAUCUCUUCGAUGAGGAACAGGAGGUGAAGGAUGAACCAGGUGCCAGGGAUCUUCGGUUCGUGGCAGGACGUGUGGAGUUUGAAAAUGUUCAUUUUGGCUACGUGGAAGGGAAGGAAGUCCUGAAUGAUGUUUCAUUCACAGUGCUACCUGGGCAGACUGUAGCAUUGGUGGGACCCUCUGGCUCAGGAAAAACCACUAUCGUUCGCCUACUUUUCCGCCUCUAUGAUGUCUGGGGAGGCUGCAUCCGAAUUGAUGGUCAGAAUAUCUCCCAGGCAAAACAGGUCUCAUUGCGCUCCCGCAUCGGUGUGGUGCCCCAGGAUACUGUUCUCUUCAAUGACACCAUUCGCAACAACAUCCGAUAUGGCCGUAUCGACGCCACUGAUGCAGAGGUGGUGGAGGCUGCAAUUACUGCUAAUAUCCACGAGCGCAUCCUCACUUUUCCCGAUGGUUAUGAGACACAGGUUGGUGAACGAGGUCUGAAGCUGAGUGGUGGGGAGAAGCAGAGAGUUGCUAUUGCCCGCACCAUCUUGAAGAACCCUCAGAUCAUUUUGCUUGAUGAGGCGACAUCAGCAUUGGACACAAAAACUGAGAGAAUUAUCCAAGCAUCCCUGGCUAAAGUGUGUGCAAACCGGACCACCAUCAUUGUGGCUCACAGACUAUCUACUGUGGUGAAGGCUGAUCAAAUUCUAGUCCUCCGGGAAGGCCGAGUGAUAGAGCGAGGAAGGCAUGACGAGCUGAUGAAGAAGGGUGGAGUCUACUGUGAUAUGUGGUUGCAACAAGGCAGCGAAGCACCCCCUUCAGACCAAGGAAGCAAUGCUGAGGAGAUGUCUGAGGAAAAGGGCAGUAUUAUCUCCCAAAAAUCAGGCAGUGCAAAAGCUGCCACAGAGGCACAAGAAGGCAAUGAGGAGGAAGGUACCAUCUCUGAGAUGGCUGAAAGCAAAGAAAUGCCUGAAAACGAGGGGAUACCUGAAGACGAGGAGGUACCUGAAGGCGAGGAGGUACCUGAAGGCGAGGAGAUACCUGAAGGUGAGGAGAAACCUGAAGGUGACGAGAAAAGUCAAAAGGCUAGUAAGACACAAGUAGGCAAGGCAACGAGCAGUGCGUCACAGAAACCCAAGAAGAAAAGGAAGAAGAAGGGUGCCUCGUCUGAAGGCAGCGAGAGCACACGCAGCAGUGAUAUGGACGAUGAGAGUGAUGAGGACGAAUCAGAAGCCACCUCUGAAUCAUAGCCAAACAAUAGGGGGAUAAUACUGAGCAGCCCUAUAGAGACAGAUGCAGCAGCAGCAGCAGCUCCUGCUAGAUCAGGGUUGAAGGCCAAAAGGCAGCUGCCACCCCGUCCUUCAUAUUUGCGACUACAAGUAGCAUUAUACCUGGAGGUUCAGAUGACUUUCACAGAGAUCCACCUCAUUGAAAUAUGGCCAUAGAGAGGAAACUUGAGGUCUGAACUGCACAGUCCUCAGCAAGUGCUGCUUUACGUCAGAGGGCCUGCUCACCAGGCCAGGAGCCAGAGAGACUUCUCUUCCAAGCUGCUGUCAGUGAUGCAGACAAAUGAGUGCUCAGGGAUCCAGGUGUAUUAUCAAUGAUUAAUGAAGUGGCCGGGGAGGGCGGGGGUCUGGAUCCAGAGCCAUCUUUAUCUAAGAUUCUGAUUGCUAAAGAUGAAUAAAAGUAUGAACAGGGCAGAAAGUGACAAGAGGCAGAAAGAAAUGUUGCCAGCACUUUGUAUACGACCGUCGUUUUUUGAAAAUUAAAAUGUGUUUUAAUUUUCAUAAAUCUCUAUGUUUUCAGAUCAA